AGUUGUCGAGUAGCCAGCACAGAGGAAAGAGUCCGAGCGAUCUGUCUGCAGGGAAGGAAACCGCGUGUGUAUAUUGGAGUGCUGUUGAUUUCUUUGCCUCUCGAACCAACGACUUUAGCCGACGAUGAAGGGCCUUGCUCUCCUCGUGGCCUGUGUAUCCUGCGCCCUGGCCAUCCCUGCGUAUAUCCUACCGUUUUCGAGUGGACGGGGCACGAGUUGGAUUCGUCAGGUGCUUGACUGUCCGCCUCUCCUCUACGGCGGCUACGACACCACCAGAUGUCGUCAGCUGCAGAGGCGCAGUCACCAGGCGCAACCCCAGAGGAUGACGGUGCUGGAGAUCGUGGAGGAGGAGGAGCCGGGCCGCGUCCAGGUGGUGCAUGACGAGCACGCCGGCACCUUCGCCAUCAAGGUGCCUCACAAGUUCGACCUCGGCAAGCCCAAGUGUGAAGCCAGCGAGAUCUACGUCAGCGAACUGGACAUCUGCGUGCCGGCGGAAGACCACGUGAUAAAACCCAAGCACAAGGACAGCGGCAAGACGAAGCGCGACCAGCAGAAGCAGAAGGAGGACAAGAAGGAGCCGGUGCUGGUGCUGCAGGUGGGGAGCUACGAGAAGGAGAAGUGCAACCCUGGCGAGAUCUGGGUGCCCGAGGUGGCCGCCUGCCUGGACAAGAACCCGCCCCCCCCCAUGGAGCCCGAGGACGACGACGCGGACUACUACUGAAAGAGGGGACGAAGGAGGCGAUGAGUGGGAGGAGUAAUGGCGCAGAGCUUUUAUUUUUUGGUACUGGUUGCCCGAGGAGUGGCUGGAUGAUGAUACGGAUUACUACUGAAGGAGGGGAAGAAGGAGGCGAUGAGUGGAAAGAGUAGUGGCGCAGGACUUGCUUUUUAGUGCUGAUCACGUUGCUCUAACCAAGUAUUCCUUUUUUUUAAGUGCUGAUCACGUUCCUCUAACCCAGUAUUCCUUUUUUUUAGUGCUGAUCACGUUCCUCUAACCCAGUAUUCCUUUUUUUUUUAGUGCUGAUCAUGUUGCUCUAACCCAGUAUUCUUUUUUUCUCUCUCUUUGUCCACAUCAAGGAAGGCAGCUCAAGGGCAAUGUGUAACCAUGAAAAGCCCGCAAAACACUGCCCCUUCAAACACUGCGACGGGAGAUGUUAAAAAUAGAGCAUAAUGUACGUUCACGGAGAGUACAAUAUAAGGAAAGUGCGCACGUAUCACUGCUUUUUUUUCACAUUGGUUUCCUUUUUUUAUGCCCUUGAACUGACUCCUCUACUGUAAAAAAAAAAAAAGUAAAAUAUAUCACUGCGUCACUAUAAAAAAAAUCCGCCCGUGCCACUACUAGACUAGGGCAGA